UGGUUAGACCAUGAAAUAUGCCAGAAGUAGUAACGGGGAUACCGACUAUUCUCUUUCUGCCAGCAGACGGAAUUAGUACAGGAUCUAUAAAACUCUAAAAUAUCAGGUGAUAAGGUGAAAUAACUUGGCUAGUGUCCAGCCGCUCUCGUCGCACGUUAAACAUAUACCUACUUACCUACCUUAGCUAUUGUCUAUCGAAUUGCAAUUGCAAUUAUUGUGCGUGAAAUAUAUGUGAACAAGGAAGACGAAAAGAAUUUCAAAUAGUUUUAUAAAUGCAAUCAUCGCUACGAUUCAUCCAGUAAAAAAGAAACUGAAAAUAGGAGCACCAAACGAAGACUACCCACAAAACGAGCAGUCGACGAAAGAAAAUGCGGAGGAAUACUUUGAAGACGAGGAUUCAGAUGAAAGUGUGGAGAUGAUCGCUGACCCGGCUGAUGUUCCAAUACCAAAAGGACUUCUCGUGACCCUCAUUUUAAUUAUUUAUGCUGGUUUAAUGAUGGCCACCGGGGUGAUAGUGUAUUCUACAUACGGAAAUUAUCAGGCUGGGACUUCACUAGAUGGAUUUACCUCAACCAAUGUUGCUCCUAUAACAGGUAUAUGUCCCAUAAAUGAUAUUUGUCCGUCAACCUGCAUAAUAGAUACGAACGCAUGUAUUCCUCAGCCGAAGCCGCCUUGUAUACCUCAAGUCUGGCCUACCAGGUCAUUUUGUUGGGAACAGGUUCCAUCUAGCUCCCAUCCAACAGCGUGCCCCAUUCGGCCAUCAACAACCGAGCCGCCGAUCCAAGUCUUCCGCACUGUUUUCUACGAGAACCAUAGAGUGCUAGACUUGCUCAAUUUGUACCCACCAAAUUCGCCUAAACGACUAGAAGUCGUGACAACUUUGCUUUACAAGACGAUCGAGCAAUUCGCAAUGUUGGGUCAUUUCCACCGGUGCGGAGACAGUCUAACUGAUAGACCACUUUUCGAAACAGUCUGUUCGUUCUGCAACGAUCGCUACGAAUACAUUAGGUGCGUUAUGUCAAAUCAGUUGGUUGAUCAGCUAUAUCCAGACGAGCCUUCAACAGCCAAUCACCUUGUUCCAAUCUUCUGGGAAACGGAGCUAAGUAAAAUACACGAUAAUUUGGUAACUACGAUAUACAAGACCGGCUUUCCAAACAACUUGGAUUACGUUUUUGAUCGGAUUGUGAAGAUGAUAAGGCCAUUUUCCGUCAAGACGGCUAGUGGUGAUGAAUGUCGUAUCUGCAAAGAUUUUAACGAAACCAUCUACGACAAGUGUUACACCAAGGAUACGUGGUAUACGUUUCCUGCUCACAGACAAGUUUCUCCGAGCCUCAUCAGAUCGUAAAUUGUUUUUGUCAGAAAACUUUGCAUACAUGUGUUUGUACGGAUUAUCCGUUUCCAAUAAAGCAUAAAACCUAU